UCCACUGCUCUUGAACCUUUCUGAGUUCAUCAGAUACAGAAUGGAACUCCUAUGGAAAAUAGGAUACACUGUAGGAUUGUGUGCACCCAAACCUGAGUUCAUCACAGUCUUGGCGGAUAAAGAAGUGGAAAAGGGAGAAAAUGUCAUACUCUACUGUGAGGCAAACUUGAAAGAAUUAACAGCAGUUUGGGAGAAGGAUGGAGAGAGAUUGUCUUGUGUGCAAGGCAAGCACAAACUGGACCAAAAAGUUUGUCUGUUCGUCUUGGAGAUUAAUAAGGCUCAAGAGGGAGAUGAAGGGAAAUACACCUUAACUUUGAAGAAUAAAUGGGGCAGCAAAUCAUGCUCUGCCACAGUCACUUUUGCAAUCAAGGAAUGGAGGAACAUGCCAAAAAAUCAAAGUAAAAUGGUCACAACCCUAAAACAUUAUAAAACCUGCAAUGAUGACGUCUCAGAGCUUCGCUUCCUUCUGCAUGGACAAAUUGGAGCUGGGAAAUCCAGCAUCAUUAACACCAUCAAAAGCAUUUUUGAAAAUCGUCAGUUUGUCAGUUGUCUGGCAGCUACAACGUCUGGCACCAGUUAUACCCUAGAUUAUCAGAAAUACACUGCUGGAAGCGAAAACACUGGACGUUUACCUUUUGCCUUCUACGAUGUGAUGGGUCUGGAAAAUAAUUCAGGAGGGGUGCACACUGAUGACAUCAUCAAGGCUUUAAAGGGCCACAUACAAAAUGGCUACAAAUUCAAACCUGACCAACCAAUAUCUGAAGAUUCUGAAUAUUACAUCAGCAAACCCAGGCUCAGCGAUAAGAUUCACUGUCUCGUGAGCGUCGUGGCAACAGACAGAAUUGUCUUAAUGGAAGACGUCAUCUCUAAAAUGAAGCUCAUUAGAAAGGAAGCUAGUGAAUUAGGAAUCCCUCAAGUGGUCUUCAUGACGAGAGUGGACGAGGCAUGCGUUCUGACAAAGAACGAUUUAAGCAGGAUCUACCGCAGCAGGAAGAUUAAGGAUAAAAUGCAUGAAUGCAGUAAUAAACUGGGCAUUCCUCUGAACUGCAUCUUCCCUGUGAAGAACUACCAUGAUGAGACUGGUCUGAAUGACAACAUAAACUGUCUGAUGCUGGAGGCCCUAACACAGAUUGUACUUUGGGCUGAUGACUAUGUUAAGAGGUGUUCAGAGAAACAGAAACAUGUAGAAUGACUGUUCUUUAUAGAAGACUUGCAAACAAAUCUGCAAAUUUUUCAUGCAAAGCCACAUAUUUUUAUCUCGCAAAACUGCCAAAACAUUAAAAUGUAUGUUAAUUUCAAACUGCCAUAUACAGGCAUAUGCAGAGGUUUGGGCACCCCUAGUCAAAUGACAUGCUGUUGAUUUUCUAAGUGUAAAUAAGUUAGAGAACACACUUCAGCACAAUUAAUGUGUUUACUGAAUUAGGAAAAAACACAAAAUGUGAUUUUUGCAAAAAGAUUUUUUUUUCCACAUUUGUUAAACUCAGCAACCAAAUAAUAACUUUUACAUACAACUGUGUAUUCUUAAGCUCCACCUACUUUAUAUGUCGCUUAUAGACUGCAGUUCAUCUGUUGCCACAUUGUUUAUCAAGCCCCCUUUGCCCCAUUUAUUAUUAAAACAGCAAAGGUAUCAUUGCAACCAACAUUUCAUAUAGUUUGAUAUCAGCUUUUCACAAACAAGCCGAAAAGAGUAAGUGUGUAACUCCAAGAGUGUUGGAAUUUUUUUACUGCACAAACUGAACUGGAUAAGGUUCAUGCAAGUGAGGGACUGUCUGCAUAAUACUCAGCUGUUCAUAUACAGUGGUGCUUGAAACGAUUUGUGAUUUGUGAACCCUGUAAGAUUUUCUAUAUUUCUGCAUAAAUGUGACCUAACACUUCAUUAGAUUUUCCCAAAAGUACGUAAAAAGAAUUAAAUUAAACAAAUGAGACAAAAAUAUUGAGAAAAAUGAUCCAAUAUGUGAGUGGCAAAAUAUGUGAAUCUUUGCUUUUUUAGUAUCUGCUUUGACCCUGCGUUUAGCAGCAAUAACUGCAGCUAAACGUUUCCAGUAGCUGUUUAUUAGUCCUGCACAUCGGCUGGGUGGAGUUUUAGCCCCUCUGUACAAACCAGCUCUGUUAUGUUAGUGGGUUUCCUCCCAUGAACUGCCGCUUCAGGUCCUUCCACAUUUCUAUAGGAUUAAGGUCAGGACUUUGACUUGGCCAGUUUCAAAACAUUAGCUUUAUUCCUCUUUAACUGUUCUUUGGUAGAAUGUCUGUGUGCUUAUGGUCGUUGUCUUGAUGCCUGACCCACAUUCUCUUAAGUUUCAGCUCAGAUACAGAUGUUCUGAUAUUUUCCUUUAGAAUCUGUUGGUAGAAUUCAGAGUUCAUUUUUCCAUCAAUGAUAGCAAUCACUGGUCCUGGCCCAGAUGGAGCAAUACAGGCCCAAACCAUGAUACUACCACCACCAUGUUUCACAGAUGAGAUGAGGUUUUUAUGCUGGAAUGCAGUGUUUUAAAUGAAAAAGAUUUAUUUUGGUCUCAUCUGUCCACAAAACAUUGUUCCAACAGCCUUCUGGCUCGUCCAUGUGAUCUUUAGCAAACUGCAGACAGGCAGCAAUGUUCUUUUUGGAGAGCAGCAGCUUUCUCCUUGCAACCCUGCCACACACACCAUUAUUUAGUGUUCUCCUGAUGGUACGGUGGCCAAGAAGACCCAACCAAACUGAAAACAAAAAACAAGCUGCAGACACAGAAAACAAUUUCAUCAACAUGACAAUAUGGGCGCUGCACUUUACAAACUGACAGAAGUAUUUAAGACUGCGGACACGCCCACAUCCGCAGUUUGUGGUUAAACUGGCUGGCUGGUUUGCUACCUGACAUGUCAUAGCUGUACUGGGGUCAUCUGGUAUUACUAGAUAAACAUUUACAGCAACACUCUACAGCUUAUUUCCAUUAUGAUACAGUGAUAGCAAUAAUCUCAAUAAAUAAAAGUAAACUUUUACCAGUGAAUGUUUGUGCUGCACAGUAUUUAAAAGUCUGAAUGGCUCCACUCUCUGAGUGCUCUCCAGAAACACCUCGCUGUGUUGUGACUGGGCUUGUCAGCAUUUCUGAAGUUGCCUGCGUUUUCUUUAUUUUCUAUUUAUGAAAUGUAGUGUCUGUGCCAUCAUUUUGCUGAAAGUGCUUUCUGCGUUUUGCAGCUUGUUUCUUAUGUGCAGUUUGUUGGUUCUUCUCAGCCACUGUAUGAUGGUGGACUGAUGGACAUUAACAUUACCCACUAUGAGACAGGCCUUUAGUUGCUUAGAAAUUACAUUGGAUAUCUUUGUGACCUCGUGGACUACUACAUGCCUUGUUCUUGGUGUGAUCUUUGUUGGUGAACCACUCUUGGGGAGCUUGGAACGAUGGUCUUGAAUUUCCUCCAUAUGUACACAGUCUAACCCACUCUAUCAGUGAAGUUCAAACUCUUUAGAGACGGUUUUGUAACUUUUUCCAGCUUGAUGAGCAUCAACAACUCUUCCUCUGAGGUCGUCAAAAAAAUCUCCUUUGUUAGUGCCAUGAUACACUUCCACAAACAAGUAUUGUGAAGAUCAGACUGAUAGAUGCCUGUUCUUUAAAUAAAACAGGGUGGUCACUCAAACCUCCUUGCCAUCCCAUUGAUUGAAAACACCUGAAAGCUGAUUUUAUCUUCAAAUUAUCUGCUAAUCCUAAAGAUUCACAGUGUUUUGAUGCUCACAGAUCUGUAAUUUUGGACGAAUCUCCUUAAUAAAUAAAUGACCAAUUCCAAUA